AUGGGCGACCAAUGUACUCUGCGCCUUAUCCGAGAGCUCCGACAGCUUGAACGGAGUGACCAAUUGUCUUACACUGUCCGUUACCGAGAAAACAACGUUCGUGAUAUCCAGGCUCUCAUCGUCGGGCCUCCAGGCACCCCAUACGAGAUGGGGUUCUAUGAGUUCACAAUCAAGGUCCCAUCAGAUUACCCAGCAAGUCCACCCGUGGUGAAAAUCCGCACAACCAACAGAGGUCGAACUCGCUUUGGUCCGAACCUUUAUGCCAACGGGAAGGUCUGCUUGUCGAUCCUGGGAACAUGGCCAGGUUCUCGGGGAGAGCAGUGGUCACCUGCUCAAGGGCUUGAAUCGGUUCUAUUAUCAAUUCAGAGCCUGCUCUCCCCAAAUCCAUAUACGCUCGAGCCAGGGUUUGAGGAUGCCGGAAAGGAGAGUGACAAGGAGAAUAUGAAGAUCUACAACUCCAAGAUUUGCCACGAGAACUUGCGACUGACAGUUAUCGUGCCUCUGGAACAAGCCCUCCGGAGUCCAAUCUCUCGCCGCCGGGCCGAAAUCAUUGACGACGAGUUGUCAAGCCAGGGAGAAGGUACUGAUGUGGAAAAUGAAGAAUUGCUCAGUCAAAGCAAGUUCCAAGACUUUUACAAGAAGCGUUUCCUAUGGUACUUUGAGUUCUACUUGAAGGCCAUCGACAAAGGUCUCGCGGAAGAGCCAACAAGGCAAGGCAGGCCAUUCAUUGAAAUGCCGUUUGAGGGCCCCACUAACGCUAUGACGGGAUGCUGGGACUAUGCCGACCUGCGGGCCCGGUUAUUGAGCCUCCGAGACAAAUUGAUGGAAGAGACACGCCAUUGGCUCGUCGAGGGCCUGGCUCUGGUCGAGCAGGAAGCUGGGAUUGCGGUGAAAUUGAAAGGUCAGCAUGGGCAGAUUGCGGCGGAACUGGGUGCCCAUCCUCAUAUCAUUGAUUUAUCACUGGUUGAUGGGAAUCCUUUCGCCUGGCGGCUUACCUACGUUGGUCGCAAUGAGUCCAAGCUCGAAGGCGGCAUUCUCAAGAUCAUGAUCUACAUCAGUCCCCGACACCCGGAAGAACAACCCCGGGUCUUCGUCGAGACACCUCUGUUCCAUACUCGGGUCUCGAAGCUGGGCGUGCUCAUGUACCUUCCUUCACAUUCCGAGGAGAUAGGUCACCACAUCGAAGGUAUCGUCAAUAGCCUAGAGGAGGACAAUCCGCCAUUCAAUCCCCUGAUGACGGUGAGUCCUGAGGCAAGCGCUCUGUGCUGGGGGACGGAUCAGGAUCGCAAACUCUAUCGGCGCAAACUUCGAGCGUCUCUGGAGGGGUGCUAA